CACAAACAAAGAAACACAACACGCCCGUGGCCAGGCCACAUAGACACAGAAAGCCGCCUGCCUCAAGUCAAUCAAGGAACCAACCACCCAGCAACCAACCACACAGACAGAGACGUGCAGUGCACACGGACGGCUACACGCAUCGGAUGCAUCGACAGGCAUGCCAUGCAGAGCGCUGCGCUGCACGUCAUCUCAUGUCAUGUCCCCCAUAUCCCCCAUACACACGUACUUGAGCUCCUGGUAGUCCUCCAUGCCAUACGAGGACCCCUGCACACACACACAAACACACAGAGGGGAGAACUGUACUGUGUCCAUCCAUCCCUCCAUCCCUCCUGGCUUAUGCGGCUCAGCUGCUUACCUCCCGCCCGAUCCCCGACUCCUUGAUGCCUGUCAGUCAGUCAGGACACGCGCAACGCACAGACGCAACGGUUGCAACAGGCAAAUGGGUCCAUUACAACAGGGCGGGGCAACGUGUGUACCUCCGAAGGGCGCUUCAACCGUCGAGAGUAUGCCCGUGUUGACGGCCACCAUCCCGUACUCGAGCCUCUCCGCCACACGCCACACACGAGUCACGUCACGAGUGAAGAAAUAACCCGCCAAACCCACCGGUACCUGCACACACACACACACACAUACACACACACACACACACAUACAUACAGAAACACACUGACAGCAGUGUCUGUCUUGUGGAGUUAGUUGGUGGCUGACGUUGUUGGCCUGUUGGAUGACAUCUUGCUCGUCCUCGAAGGCAAAGAGAGCAGCCAAGGGGCCGAAGAUCUCCUCCUGCUGCAGAUCUGCAGGUGCACUCAGAUCCCUGGAGGCACAGACCGAACGACACACUUGAUGAGCCAAUCAAUGGUAUGAACGAGUGGAGGGAGAUUCACCCACCCACCUGCAGUCGAGCACCGAGGGCUCGACGAACGUGCCUUUUGCGAGGCGUGGGUCGUCGAGAGUUGGUGGCUGGCGGGAGGAGCCUCCACACAGCACCUUGGCACCUGAGACGUGAGUGACAACAAGGCAAGGCCGUCUCCCUCCCUCUCUCUCUCUCUCUCUCUGUCUGUGUGUGUAUGUGUGUGUGUGUGCGUGUGCUACCCUUGCUGAUGGCGUCUUGCCGCAGCCUGAUGACCUUAUCCACCCCUUGUUGGUUGAUCAUCGGCCCCACACUCACGCCCUCAUCCAAACCAUGACCCAUCUGACCCCCACACACACACACCUCCAUAGACGUCUAACCAGGGGGAAGCAUCUCCUCCCUCGCACACACAAGGCAGGCAGGCAGGCUGACCUUGAGCUGGUUGACAGCCUCUGUGAGCCGCUGUGCAAACGGCUCGAAGACCGCUUUGUGGACGAAGAACCUGUUGGCGCAGACGCACGUCUGCCCGCCGCCGCGGAACUUGCACGCCACAGCCGACGCAACUGCGGUACACACACACCCACCCUCAACAGGGCACUCCAUUCCCUUCACCCACACCUGACCUGCAUUGUCGAGAUCUGCGUCUUCGAACACAAUGAAGGGCGCGUUGCCUGCAGUGCACACCAUGCCCCGCCCCACACACAGCACAGUGGCCAGACUGACGUUGACGGAUGGAUGCGGGCAGCACGGCCACGGCCAGACACACCUCACCUCCCAGCUCGAGGGAGAUCUUCUUGACGGUGCUGGCAGCCUGCUGCAUCAGCAGCUUGCCCACCGCCGUGGAGCCAGUGAAGGAUAUCUUGCGCACCUACCCACAGGCAGGACAGGGAACAGACGGACCUAGACGUGACGUGCAGGUGUGUGUGUCCGUUGAUGUAUCCGAUGCCUGUGACGCAGGCACCUACCCUACCUUCUGACUGGUGCACAGCUCCUCUCCCACCCUGGGUGUCUGAUCAUGCCCGCAGGGCACCAUGUUGAUCACACCACUGGCGUCAACACACACACACACACACACACACACAGGCGCCAUGGCAUGUGUGUGCAGUGUGCCGUGUGCCUGUGUCCGUACCGUGGUAUCCCGGCCUGCUCAGCGAGCUUCGCCAAGGCCAGCGCUGAGUAGGGCGUCAGCUCGGGUGGCUUGCACACCACAGUGCACCUGCGGUGGAGGACCACACACACACACACACACACACACACACGGGCAUCCCCCGGGGACUGCAGCAGCUAGGCUGGGUCGCUUACCCUGCAGCAAGAGCUGCUGCCACUUUUCUCGUUAUCAUGGCAGAGGGAAAGUUCUGACAACACACACAAGAGACAGCAUGGCCCACACGAAGGCACUGCACUGGUUGGCCAGUGGGCCGACGUCACCCACCCACCCAAGGAGUGAUGAUGCCGCACACGCCGACAGGAUGCUUCAGGACCACGAUGCGCCGAUCGGCCUGGGGAGCAGGGAUCACAUGGCCUGAGCGAGACAACAACGAAGCGGUGGAUGGACACAGUGGGCGGCGCAGGUGUGUGUCUCGUUUGUUUGCUGUCUGGGCUGACUGACUGACCGUAGGCCCUUCUCGCCUCCUCUGCAAACCACUCGAUGUAGUUGGCGGCGUAGGUGAUCUCACCCCUGCAGGACCCGUAAACAGGUAUACACACACACAUACACACACACACACACACACGGGUUUCCUUUGCUACGGACGGCAGGGGGGGAGGCAGCCUUGCUUACACGGCCUCCUUGAUGGGUUUGCCGUUCUCGAGUGUCAUGAGCCUGGCCAGCUCGUCCUUGCGGCCCAUCAUUAGCUCAUACCACUUGUAGAGGAGUGCUCCUCGAUGCUUAGGAGUGGUAUCGCGCCAGUGCUUGAAGGCCGCCUCGGCCGCACUUACGGCGUCGGCUGUGUCCUCCCGGCCCAUCGAUGCCACACUCCCCAACACCUCACCAGUGGCAGGAUCUGAAUGAAGAACGAAUGAAGCAACCAAGCCAUGCACACAGGUGUGAUCGAUCGUCUUCCUACCCUUGACGUCGAACGUUUUGCCGCUGCGCGCCGCUCGCCACUCGCCAUUGAUAUACCCCAACUGAAUGAACCAGACAGGCAGGCAGGCAGACAUGCACUGUCACGCUUUGCACUGCAGUGGCAGAUUUCCACACAUAUGAUCCCACCUGAAGAUCUCCAGGCUCAAAAGAUGGGCCCGCUGCUUCGUUGGCCAUUGUAGCAACGCCCCGAGCCCCUCCAAGCCGCUGCACGUGCCGCAAUGAGUACACAACACGGGGACCACUCGACGCCGUUGUGUACAGGCGGCGGAACGGUUUGAGAGAUGGACGGUGAAAAAACGCUGCGGCGAGUGUGGUGACAAAAGAGAGCGGUGCAGCUGGUGACUUGGCGGGAUGAGCGAUGGAUAGAGAACGGGAAAGGGUGAGUGCACUCAUGGGAACAUCCUAUUUCCGGCUGAUCUCCGUCGAAAUCGAAUCAGCAGUGUAGAUGGGUGGCCGUAGAGCCUUCCAG